AUGGUUCAGGGACCCAUGGGGAACUGUGCCAAGCGGCCCUGGCGCCGGGGGCCUAAGGAACACUGGCAGUGGCCUGGAGCCCCCCUAGGGAGGCCCAGUCCCGGCCCUAGCCCCAGAGCUGAGGAGCAGGAGGGCACCCAGGGCUACUCGGUGCUUGGCAGUCUGGUGGGGCCAGCCUGCAUCUUCCUUCGACCCAGCAUCGCCGCCACCCAGCUCGACCGGGAGCUGAGACCAGAGGAGAUUGAAGAGCUGCAGGUCGCCUUCCAGGAGUUUGAUCGAGACCGGGAUGGCUACAUCGGCUACCGGGAGCUGGGUGCCUGCAUGCGGACGCUGGGCUACAUGCCUACAGAGAUGGAGCUCAUUGAAAUAUCACAGCAGAUCAGUGGUGGGAAGGUGGAUUUUGAAGAUUUUGUGGAGCUGAUGGGUCCCAAGCUGUUGGCAGAGACUGCGGAUAUGAUUGGCGUGAGGGAGCUUCGAGACGCCUUCCGGGAGUUUGACACCAAUGGAGAUGGCUGCAUCAGUGUGGCAGAGCUGCGGGCAGCCCUCAAGGCUCUGCUGGGAGAACGCCUCAGCCAGAGGGAGGUAGAUGAGAUACUCCAAGACAUCGAUCUCAAUGGAGAUGGCUUGGUUGACUUUGAAGAAUUUGUUCGGAUGAUGUCUCGGUGAGCUUAUAUAGAAGCUGGAGUGGACCAGCCUGGAGGACCACAGCCGCUGAGCCGCAGAGGAGCCCAUGUAUUCCUGGAAACUCAUUAUGAAUCAGACUGUGUGCCUCCUCCCACCCCUGCUGGGCAUAGUGCCCUCUCCUGUCACCACCCUUAGCUCUCCCUGGUUCUCUGACAAUAAAGCAUUUUCCA